GUCUUUCCAAAAUGGCGGCAAAUCCGUCUCACAUUUGUUUGGAAACUUCCAUGGGUGAGAUUGAGUGUGAACUUUAUUGGAAGCAAUCACCAAGAACAUGUAAAAAUUUUGCCGAACUGGCACAGAGAGGAUAUUAUAAUAACUGCAAGUUUCACAGAAUUAUAAAGGAUUUCAUGAUUCAAACAGGAGACCCCACAGGAACUGGUCGUGGAGGAGCUUCUGUGUAUGGGCCUGCAUUUGAAGAUGAAAUUACAAGAGAUUUAAAACACACAGGAGCAGGAAUCCUUUCAAUGGCAAACAGUGGUCCAAACACAAAUGGAAGCCAGUUUUUCAUUACCUUAGCUCCAACACAGUGGCUAGAUGGUAAACAUACAAUAUUUGGCCGUAUUAGCCAUGGGAUCAGUGUUGUGCGGAGGAUUGGACUAGUGGAGACAGACCCUGGUGAUAGGCCACUUCAUGAUGUUUACAUUUUAAAUGGGAAAGCAGCACCAAAAUCCACAUGAGACAUAACAACUAUUUUAUCAAGUCAUUGAACCAUCCAUCAAUGUGCAAAAUAAGAACUACACACCUGUCAGACUGUUUCUAUGUUGAUGUAAGGAGAUCUAUAAAUAACAUCAUGUCAAACUGUCAUAUAUUGAUAUGUAGAUGUUGUUAAUUGUAACAUGAGCUGAACAACAUCCAUUUUACAACAUUAAAAGUUGUCAAUAGUGUACCUUAUUUUGUAAAAGUAGGGAUAAACUUUAAACAGUUCAUUUUUUAUUAGUUUUCCAAAACACAUACUUUGUAAUAGAUAAAUUCUGUCUCGUAAGAUAUUUGUUUGUUUGUUUUUUUUAAGUUAAUUUCCAUGUAUUUCCAAAUGAUAAUGAUGAUAUACUAUAUCUGAGAGGUUUGGUGUCAUGUUUUCUUUCACUUUUCAAUACCUGCAGUAAGCUUUUGAUCGAAUCCUAACUGUACUUAGCUUACUAGAUCUUAGCAAAUUAAUGUAAUUUUCUGAUGGAGUGAAAAAUGUUUCUCCAUUCACAGAUCAGAUUACUUCACCCUUUAACUCCUAGGAUCUCAUUUGUAACUCUCCUUACUGUCUGCUAGGUAGUUCUUGUGACAUCAGUUUGGAGAAUUUGGUAUUGGAUCAACUAAUAAUCCCUUAAUUUAUUCUCAUCACUUGUCUGCUUGAUAUUGUAAAGAGAAAUUCUGUCUUGGUCAUUCAUGGGAGUUACAGGGUUAAUAAUGAUUAGGAACUUCUUUUGUUCCAUGAUGCUCUUGUGUGACAGGGUUACAAAAAUGUUGAUUAUUGUGUUGACAGUUCGAACCCAUUUCAGCCUCUGGACAGGUGAAGUACCCAUUGUUCUUUGCUUGUCCUAUUUUUAACUAGUCACCAAUAACCAGAAGCCCGAUACUAGUUCAAUAAAAAUCCUCAUAGAAAAGUAGACAUUAAUUGACUCGUAAAAUUUGAAGCCAAAACCUUAACUGUAUUUGAACUUUGAAAUACAAUGUGAGAAGUCUUUUCUAUAAGCCUUAAGUGAAAAAUAGUUGGGUUUUGGGAAUGCCAUUUUCCCUGACGACGGACUGGUGUAAUUUGCUGUCUCACCAUUGACUGAAAGUAUAGAAUGUGCUCUAUUUUCCUAUGCCAAAACCUGUAACUGGAUUUUGAUUAAUAUUUCCGAGUGAUAAGUUGUGUUAGGCAGGUUGGAAAAGUCCAGGUAAAAGAGGUGUGGACUCAAGACCUGGCUUGUGCCCAAUUUAUGUAAUAUUCUGGGGCACCAUACUUGCCAGUAACAAACUGCUGUGAAAAUCUGGUUAAAAGCUGAGGACUAUCUGUGACGGAUCAGAAUGACAUCUUGAAUAAAUACCAUUGGUGUUCAAAUCAGGCCCUCUUGAUUUAGCUUAAAUUAUUGCUUGUAAAAUAAAGAAGAGAGAGGAAAAUGAAAUGCUCUGGCUGAUAAUGCUGAGGAAAUGGUUUCAGUUUAUACAGUCCUGUCAUCCCCUCAAUGAAUAAAAAAUU